AUGAAUAAUCAUUCGACAGGGGACACAUUUCUUCUGUGGGGAUUUUCCAGUUUCCCAGACCUACAGCAUCUCCUCUUUGUGGUGGUUUUGCUCUCCCAUGUGACCAUCUUAGCUGCAAACGUGCUCAUAAUGGUGGCCAUCAAGCUCAGCCACAACCUUCAUACCCCCAUGUACUUCUUCCUGUGUGGCCUUUCCUUUUCAGAAACCUGUACCACUAUGGUCAUCAUCCCCCGAAUGCUGGCCGACUUGCUAUCAGGGACCAAGAUGAUUUCUUUCCCUGAGUGUGCCGCACAGAUGUUCUUCUUUUUCGGGUUGUCAAGCAAUAAUUGUUUUAUCUUAACUGCCAUGUCUUAUGAUCGUUACAUUGCCAUCCACAACCCACUGCACUAUCCCAUUCUAAUGACCCGAAAGAUUUGCUUUCAGCAGAUAAUGGCCUCUUUUUCAGUUGGGAUUCUGGUUUCUCUCACAAUUGUCUGUACAGUAUUCAACUUGUCUUUUUGUGACUCUAAAACCAUCCAGCACUUUUUUUGUGACAUCUCCCCUGUGGUCUUGCUUGCUUGUGAUUACACGUUUUUCCAUGAGAUGGUUAUUUUUGUGCUCUCUGUCUUUGUUCUGGUGGGCAGCUUUAUUCUGAUUAUGGUUUCCUAUGUCUUCAUUGUGUCUGUGGUUGUGAAGAUGCCCUCUGCAAAGAGAAGGUAUAAGGCCUUCUCAACUUGCUCCUCCCACCUCUCUGUAGUGUGCAUACACUAUGGAUUUGCUUGUUCUGUCUACUUGAAGCCCAAGGACGGUGCCUCAUUUCGUGAAGAUAUGCUGAUGGCUGUGAUAUACACAGUACUGACACCUCUGCUUAACCCCAUUGUUUAUAGUCUGAGAAACAGAGAAAUGCAGACAGCCCUCCAGAAAGUAAUGAGUCAUGCAAAUAGGAUCAUCACUCAGAAUUUAAAUAAAAGAAAUCCAAACCUUUAA